AUGGCUGACAACUGCAAGCACGUUGCGAAAAUUAAACCUGGCAUACAGCUAGGAAUUCUAAGCCCCGAAAGGUGGCACUGUAAUGUUUGUAAUACUACGGAAAGUGUCUGGGCGUGUUUAUCUUGCAAUAAUGUAGCUUGUGGUAGAUAUAUCGCUGAACACUCUCUGCAGCACUUUAAAGCCACAUCUCACCCACUCUGCAUAGAGGUCAAUGAAAAAUUUGUCUAUAUAUGCGAUGAUUUUGUACUUAAUGACAAUGCACCUGGAGAUAUAAAAUUGUUGCGCAUGGCUCUUGAUGCGGUCGCUGAUCAAGACUUUGAUGAACUCUCAAAAAGAAAGCGUGGAAAGCGAAUUCUAAGAUCAUACGUUGGUGAAGCUCAGAAAAAAUCCCAGCGAUUACUUAGAGCUGAUGAUAUCCAUACUGCUUUAGUUAAAAACAGCAUAUUUGCAGAAUGUCUUGCUUAUCGUGGGCUUUUAGACAUUGGAACUCGCAAUUUCUUAGAAAAAGGGUCAAAUAUUAUUUUAAAUGAGCCAUCUGAUGGUGAGACUUCUCUAAAAAGAAAAAGGCCCUUCAAUUUGCACCCAGGAUUUACUGGUUUGAGAAACCUGGGAAAUACAUGCUAUAUGAAUUCCGCACUACAAGUUUUAAGCCAUACCGCUGCAUUCGUUAACUUCGUCAUUAGUCAUGAGCCUUCGGAAGUUGUUUCCUUAACAAAAAAGCGGAAACGUUGUUCUCAUUCGGCAUUGAAGUGCUUUGAGGUAGUUGACUGUCCAGCUAAGCGUGCGGCCGUUAAUGCCUACCUAUCAGAUCGGUCUAACAACACACUUAUUGAUGUACAUAGUUCUAACGAGCAGGGAUCCAUUUCAUCUGAAAAUAUCAGCCAGAAUGGGACGACGGGAAUUAAUGCUUCCAAUUUGCCUUUGGAACCCAUCAGCAAUUCAAGAAUUCCUUCCACUUGCAUAACGUCUUCAAAAAGGCCUCCUUUUGAAUCUGCAUCGACUGGUGGACUUAAUGGUGGUUUUAGCAACUCCUUACAGACAGAAGGGACUCCUUCACUCAUAAACUCUUCGCUUACAAAUGUAAUGAAUCCAGGGUCCCUCAAUCAUUCUCUUUAUGAAGAGCUCCAUUCUCUGUUCCGUGUUAUCUGGUCUGGCCAACGUGUUGUUGUCAGUCCCCACAGUCUACUGUAUGCAAUUUGGAUGAGCUUGCCUGCUUUUAAGGGCUAUAGACAGCAGGAUGCUCAGGAGUUCUUAAGUGUAUUCCUAGACAGGCUUCAGAUGGAACUGCAUGAUGGUCAAUUAAAUUGGUCGUCCAAUCAACACGAUUUCGUCACUAGGACUUUUCAAGGAUAUUUGGUCAGUCAUAUUCGAUGUGCAGUCUGUUCUCAUAGUGCCUGUACAGAGGAACCUUUUUUCGAGCUUAGCCUUGCUCUUCUCCCCGCUGGGCAAACGGGUGAAAUAAAAGAAUGUAAUCUGCGAGAUCUACUUACGCAAUUCACAAGUGAUACUCCUAUUGAUGGUCGUUCAUAUGCCUGCCGUGUAUGUAAUAGCAGAUUUUCAAAAGAAGCAUCACAGCAUAAUGACUCUGUUAAAGGUCCUGGUCAAGAUUCAGGUACCUUUAAGAAACAUAAUUCACAAGUGCAGGAAACAUCCAGCUCAACCUUAUUUAAGACUAGUCUUGACUCAAAUUUUUUCGAGGAGAGUAGACCUCAAGAUUCAGCGAACAAACUGGCGGCAGCCUCGGAUUUUAGCCAUUUUAAGGAAUCUACAGAACAGUGCUCUUCUACUCUUUAUACGCCAGCAUCUCAAACUAUACGAAUAACGCGUCUUCCUAAAGUUCUUCGUCUCCAUAUUAAACGCUUCAGGCCUUGCGCUUAUUGA